AUGGCAGCCGGCGGAGGAAACAGCAGUGCGCCUGCUACGCCCAACAGCGAAUACCAGUCGUCAACAUGGACUCCAGACAUGGAAAACGAUGCCCUCGCCAACUACCUGCUCUGGGUCUGCGCCAUCAUUGCCGCCGCCCUUAUCGCCUGGAGAGGCACCACUUCUUUCGUCAAGUAUGUUCGCCAUGUCAGCAGUCUCAACAACGACACGCAGCGGUACUUCGCACACACCUCCGGCAAAGUAUCCUGGUUCAAGAAGAACAUUCUCUACUCGCCAAUCUUCAGCAAGCGCCACAACCGCGAGUUUCAACUCAGCACGGCCGCCAACAUGGGCACUCUCCCCACUCGCUUCCAACUGGUGUUCUUGGUCGGGUAUCUGGCGACAAACGUAGCCUUCUGCGUCGUCAACAUUCCCUUUGAGAGCUUCACCGAUGGUGGAAAGCAGCUGAGAAACCGAAGCGGUACAUUGGCCGUCGUCAACAUGAUUCCCCUUUUCGUCAUGGCCGGCAGGAACAACCCACUCAUCAAGUGGCUCGGCAUCUCCUUUGACACCUUCAACCUCCUCCACCGAUGGUUCGGUCGCAUCGUCGUCCUCGAGACCGUCUGCCACGUGUUGUCAUUCUUUGCCGUCUCGGGCAAGUCUGGUGGCUGGGGCCCGGUCUUCAUCCACGCCUGGGAGAAGCCCUUCCUGUUCUGGGGUUUCAUCGCCACCAUCGCCUUUGUGCUCAUCUUUUUCCAAGCUGCGAGUAUCUCUAGACACGCCUUCUACGAGACUUUCAAGGUGAUUCACAUCAGCUUGGCCGCACUUUCGAUUGUUGGUCUGUGGUAUCACUUGACGGGGGCUCAGCUGCCCCAGAUCAAGUGGCUCAUUGGUGUCAUCCCGAUUUGGGCUUUGGACAGAGUCGCACGUUUCCUACGCAUCGCCUACCACAACUUUGGCAAUGGAGGCACAAAGACGUUGGUGGAGGCCCUGCCCGGCGACGCUGUGCGCGUCACCGUCACUAUGGCUCGCCCCUGGACCUUCAAGGCCGGCCAGCACGCCUACCUGUACAUGCCCGCCAUCAGCUUGUGGCAGUCGCACCCGUUCUCGUUGGCAUGGAGCGAGGAGGCCGAGGACCUGGACUCGGAGAAGCUCGCGAUGAACCGACAAGACGUCCUCGAGAUGCGCAAGACAACCAUGUCCUUCGUCAUCCGAGCCCGUACCGGAAUGACCAAGAACCUCUACGACCGAGCAGCACAGAAGCCCGAGGGCCGCCUUCUUACAACAUGCUUUGUCGAAGGACCCUACGGAGGAUUGCACAUGAUGCACUCGUACGGCACAGUCAUGCUGUUUGCCGGCGGUGUCGGCAUCACUCACCAGGUCCCCCACGUCCGCGAUCUCGUUGCCGGCUAUGCCAACGGCACUGUAGCAACGCGUAAGAUUGUGCUGGUCUGGAUCAUCCAGAGCCCGGAACACCUGGAGUGGAUUCGGCCCUGGAUGACGGAGAUUCUCGCCAUGGAGAAGCGACGAGACAUUCUCCGGAUCAUGCUCUUCGUCAGCCGACCGCGCUCUACCAAGGAAAUCCACAGCCCUUCAUCGACAGUACAGAUGUUCCCGGGCAGACCCAACAUCGACACUCUCCUGGGCAUCGAGAUGGAGAACCAGGUUGGUGCCAUGGGUGUAUCGGUCUGUGGUCCUGGUGCGUUGAGCGACGAGGUCCGACAGUCGGUGCGAAGGCGGCAACACAACGGAGCCAUCGAUUUUGUCGAUGAGGCUUUCACCUGGUAA